UUCAGGUCGUGUUUUCUUCCACUGACGUCGUUGGUUGGUCGAGGCAGCGUUACGGCGCGACGGUUUCUCUUCUCUUUUCUCUUUCUCUUCUUCUUCUCUUUGUAACGAUGCGCGGCGAAAUAUUUGUCGGCUUUGCUAGCCUUCUAUCAUUUGCUGCUCUGAUCCUGCUAAUUUUUGUCAAUGUUGGCCAAAUUAACACGUCUGCAGUUCCUCGUGGAUUAUAUUUGGCAAAAGUCAAUGUCUCUCAGUAUGGCCAAUCCCUUCAAACCGCCCUGCUCGACCCCAUCUACGGGCUUUACACUAACGAUGCUUCUGAGCCCCUUCUCGAGUCCCGUGGCCUACGUCAGUACUAUCAAUUCGGGCUCUACUCCCACUGUGGUUAUGUUGCCGCCAAGGAAGGCAUCUGCUCCAAUCACUCCGCCGCCUACGAAUACCGACCUUACGAUAUCAUCACGAAAGACAUGACCGCCAACUACAGCGCUAUUACCCAGGCUGUUGUCAGUGAUACCACUUUCCAAAAUUCAAAUUAUCUUGCCCAACCCACCAAAUCUGCGUAUUAUUUGAUCAUCAUUGGCACAGUUACUACCGCGGUAGCCUUACUCGCUGGCGUGGUCAAACAGGCGUUCACCUUUUUCAUAUCCACCGUCUUCGCCGCUCUAAGCACCAUAUUUAUUCUCUGUGGGGCCGCGAUAUGGACGGCCAUGAUCAACAAGUCUGCAACUAUUAAUAAUGUGCUCAUCGGUGACACCUCCAAUCCAGUGUCCGUUGGCAUUGAUGUUUCCGUUGGCCCAGUGCUCUACUUACUCUGGGCUGCGUUUGCUUGUGUUUUCGCCUCCAUAAUACCAUACAUGAUAACGUGUUGCACAUACCGUGGAUGAUCGAUGAUUGCUGGUCAUCAUCGUGGGCGCUACGCAUAGCUACAUAUCAUAGCUUACUCAUGGACUGGGUUCUGUCAUUUAUAUUUACCCCGUAUUUUCCAUGUCUACCCUGUUUCGAGUAGAUACAUUAUUAGAGUAUCGGUCUGAACUGUAUUUUCGCUUCCGCGGAGAAAGUGUAAAAGAGAGAGAGAACGCAUUCACUCAUCCCCACAGUCCCAAACCUUCCUUCAACUCGCGCUCCAAAUCCUUCAUAUCUAGACUGCUCUCAUGUCUCCUUUUCUCUUGGCCUUGUGAUUCAUCUUCAACUGUCGCAGCUUCUCUAUUGCAUCGCGAACAGGUACAGUUGCCAAAACCCCACUCUCCCA